CUCAGAGAGCCCUCUACAGGGACGUCAUGCAGGAGAACUAUGAGAUGGUGACCUCGCUGGGAUUCCCCCUUGCCAAACCUGAACUGAUUGUCCAGCUGGAACGAGGGGAAGAGCCGUGGGUGCCCGAUCUCCAGACCUGCAAGGAAAGAAGGCUUCCGAGAUGCUCCCAUACAGCACAAUGACAUCUGUCUGGAUUGUGUCUCUCCUAGCAGAUGCUGAGCGAGAGAGUGAGAAUGAGGAGGAGAAUCAUCAUGAGGAAGUUCCCGGGGAAGUAGAAGCACAGGGGACAUUUGUGGGAAGAGCUGAAGGGAAUUUUUCCCAGUGCUUCGAACUCGAAGAGGCCUGGGGAAGUUGGCACAGGUCAGAGAGGCUGCUGGGAAACCACCCAGGGAAGAGAGUGGAUGAAUCUAUUAAUGGUGUGGGAGGAGAGGAGUAUCCCAGAGCGCAGCAGACAAAUCCCAAGGAAGAGACAGACUGGCACUACCUUAAGUGUGGGAAAGGAUUGAUUGUGAGAUCACAGCUUGUGACACAUCAGACAAUCCAUACUGGAGAGAAACCCCUUCAAUGCUUGGACCAUGGAGAAAGCUUCAAUAAACUCUCAGAUCUUAAUAAUCACGGGAGAAGCCACAUUGGAGAAAAACCCUCUCAUUCCCUCAAGUGCGGGAAAACUUUCUUUUCCAAGACACAAAUAAUUAGACAUCAGUUAAGCCACACAGGGGAGAGACCCCACAAGUGCUUGGACUGUGGGAAAAGUUUCAUAAGAAGGUCACACCUAGUUCGUCAUCAGGCAUUACACACAGGAGCAAGACCCCACAAGUGCUUGGAGUGUGGGAAAAGUUUCAUACGAAGGUCAGACUUUGUUUAUCAUCAGACGAUCCACACUGGAGAGACACCUCACAAGUGCUUGGAGUGUGGGAAAAGUUUCAUACGAAGGUCAGACCUUGUUCAACAUCAGGCAAUACACAAAGGAGAGAGACCCCACAAGUGCUUGGACUGUGGGAAAAGUUUCAUACGAAGGUCACACCUAGCUCGUCAUCAGGCAUUACACACAGGAGAGAGACCCCACAAGUGCUUGGAGUGUGGGAAAAAUUUCAUACGAAGGUCAGACUUAGUUUCUCAUCAGACAAUCCACACAGGAGAGAGACUCCACAAGUGCUUGGACUGUGGGAAAAGUUUCAUAAGAAGGUCACACCUUGUUAAGCAUCAGGCAAUCCACAUAGGAGAGAGACCCCACAAGUGCUUCGAGUGUGGGAAAAGUUUCAUACGAAGGUCACACCUUGUUAAGCAUCAGGCAAUCCACACAGGAGAGAGACCCCACAAGUGCUUGGAGUGUGGGAAAAGUUUCAUACAAAGGUCACACGUAGUUCGUCAUCAGGCAUUACACACAGGAGCAAGACCCCAGAAGUGCUUGGACUUAGGGAAAAGUUUCACAGAGAGGUCAAACCUUGUUAAACACCAGGCAAUCCACACAGGAGAAAGACCCCACAAGUGCUUGGACUGUGGGAAAAGUUUCAUACGAAGGUCACACCUAGUUCGUCAUCAGGCAUUACACACAGGAGAGAGACCCCACAAGUGCUUGGAAUGUGGGAAAAGUUUCAUACGAAGGUCAGACCUUGUUCAACAUCAGGCAAUACACAAAGGAGAGAGACCCCACAAGUGCUUGGAGUGUGGGAAAAAUUUCAUACGAAGGUCACACCUUGUUAAGCAUCAGGCAAUCCACACAGGAGAGAGACCCCACAAGUGCUUGGACUGUGGGAAAAGUUUCAUACAAAGGUCACACCUAGUUCGUCAUCAGGCAUUACACAGAGGAGCGAGACCCCACAAGUGCUUGGAGUGUGGGAAAAGUUUCCUAAGAAGGUCACACCUUGUUAAGCAUCAGGCAAUCCACACAGGAGAGAGACCCCACAAGUGCUUGGAGUGUGGGAAAAGUUUCAUAACAAGGUCACACCUAGUUCGUCAUCAGGCAUUACACAGAGGAGCGAGACCCCACAAGUGCUUGGAGUGUGGGAAAAGUUUCCUAAGAUGGUCACACCUUGUUAAGCAUCAGGCAAUCCACACAGGAGAGAGACCCCACAAGUGCUUGGAGUGUGGGAAAAGUUUCGUACGAAGGUCAGACUUAGUUUCUCAUCAGAAAAUCCACACAGGAGAAAGACCCCACAAGUGCUUGGAGUGUGGGAAAAGUUUCAUAACAAGGUCACACCUAGUUCGUCAUCAGGCAUUACACAGAGGAGCGAGACCCCACAAGUGCUUGGAGUGUGGGAAAAGUUUCCUAAGAUGGUCACACCUUGUUAAGCAUCAGGCAAUCCACACAGGAGAGAGACCCCACAAGUGCUUGGAGUGUGGGAAAAGUUUCAUACGAAGGUCAGACUUAGUUUCUCAUCAGACAAUCCACACAGGAGAGAGACUCCACAAGUGCUUGGACUGUGGGAAAAGUUUCAUAAGAAGGUCACACCUUGUUAAGCAUCAGGCAAUCCACACAGGAGAGAGACCCCACAAGUGCUUGGAGUGUGGGAAAAGUUUCAUAACAAGGUCACACCUAGUUCGUCAUCAGGCAUUACACACAGGAGAGAGACCCCACAAGUGCUUGGACUUAGGGAAAAGUUUCAUACAAAGAUCAAACCUUGUUCAACAUGAGGCACUCCACACAGGAGAGAGACCCCAGAAGUCCUUUGACUGUGGGAAAUGUUUCACAGAGAGGUCAAACCUUGUAAAGCAUCAGGCAGUCCACACAGGAGAGAGACCCCACAAGUGCUUGGAGUGUGGGAAAAGUUUCAUAACAAGGUCACACCUAGUUCGUCAUCAGGCAUUACACACAGGAGCGAGACCCCACAAGUGCUUGGAGUGUGGGAAAAGUUUCAUACGAAGGUCAGACCUUGUUAAGCAUCAGGCAAUCCACACAGGAGAGAGACCCCACAAGUGCUUGGAGUGUGGGAAAAGUUUCAUACGAAGGUCAGACCUUGUUCAACAUCAGGCAAUACACACAGGAGAGAGACACCACAAGUGCUUGAACUGUGGGAAAAGUUUCAUCCGAAGGUCACACCUAGUUCGUCAUCAGGCAUUACACACAGGAGCAAGACCCCGGAAGUGCUUGGACUUAAGGAAAAGUUUCAUACAAAGAUCAAACCUUGUUCAACAUCAGGCACUCCACAGAGGAGCCAGACCCCACAAGUGCUUGGACUGUGGGAAAAGUUACAUACAAAGGUCACAGCUUGUUCAACAUCAGUCAAUCCACACUGGAGAGACUCCAGAGGUGCUUGGACUGCGGGAAAAGUUUCAUAUAGGGGUCUGACCUCAUUAAACAUGGAAAGAUCCACACAGGAUUUAAACUUCUGUGACACAUGGCAAGAAAAGAUUACGCAAUUUGCAUGUAAUUCACUCAGAUUCAACUUUGAGAGAGAGAUUUUAAAAGUGUGUCCACCUUAGUAAGAUGGAGUUUGACAUUUAAAUGUGUAUUUUGAAAGACUUGGAAGAAGAGGGCAAGUCAAGUCUGAGUAACCUAAGUGCCUUCUAUGAGAAGAUAAGUGUCUCUGUGGAUGAGGGAAAAGCAGUGGAUGUGUUAUUCGUUGACUUUUGAGCUGUAUAAGUAGGGGCAUUGCCAGCAGAUUGAGGGACAUGAUCAUUCCCCUCUAUUCAACAUUGGU